UGUUGGUAUACAUAACAACAGCAAGUGACUAGAUGGUGAAGUCUGGAACUAAAACAGGGAAUACAGCUAGUUUGCAGUGAUUUUAUUUGCAAAUUACGUCUAAUCAGGGAAGUUGUAGUCAGAGUUCGUUCAUUGCGGGAAUUUAUGGAACUCUUCAAACAAGUCGGAACAGGCUAGCUGGCUGAACGCAAUCUCGAUGACUUCAAGUGCACUCUCCAGGAGAUAAACCAAGUGCCCAAGUGUUAAGGUCAACCUCUCCCUGCAGAUCUUCCUAAAGCCCAGUUGUACGAGCAUCUACGCGCAAGGAACCACCCGACGGAGAGCAAUGACGGAGACCGUGUACAUCGGAGGUGUUGAGGGUGGCGCAACACACUCCAAGCUGGUGAUCUGCGACCGCGACGGAAAUGUAGUCGCAUCGGCCAAGGGCCCCGGCACCAACCACUGGAUGGUCGGCAUUCCCGAGGUGGCCAAACGGAUCGACACGAUGACGCGGGACGCCAAGGCACAAGCGCUGAUUCCGGAGACGCACCGGCUGAGCGCGAUGGGCCUCUGCCUGAGUGGGGCCGAACAGGACGCCACCAACCGGGAGCUGGAGAACUACCUGAAGACGCACUACCCGGACGUAGCGGAACGGUACAUGGUGGGCAGCGAUACGGUGGGCAGCAUCGCGACGGCCUCGAACGUGGGUGGGAUGGUCAUCAUAUCGGGAACCGGCUCGAACACACUGCUCCGGAAUCCGGACGGGAGCACGUACGGGUGUGGCGGCUGGGGACACAUGAUUGGCGACGAGGGAGGAGCCUGGUGGAUCUCGAAGAAAGCCAUCAAGACCGUGUUCGACCACCAGGACAACUUUGCGCGCAGCAAGCUGUGCGUGGAGCGCGUCUGGGAGCUGAUCCAGGCCCACUUUGGCAUCAAGACCCGGCUCGACCUGCUCGACCACUGCUACGCCAAGUUCUGCAAGCCGACGUACUCGGGCCUGUGCUCGAAGCUGGCCAAAUGCGCGCUGGAGGAGAACGAACCGCUGUGCCGCAAGUUCUUCGAGGAGGCGGGCCAGAUGUUGGCCCGGUCGGUUUGUGCGCUGUCGCCGCGGAUCAGCCCGGCGCUGAUUAGCCAGUGCGGCGAGGUGGACAUUGUGUGCGUCGGGUCGGUUUGGCUGAGCUGGGAGCUGCUGGAGCCGGGCUUUACGCGGGAGCUGGAGAACGCCAAGUUCAAGUACGAUCUGAAGCUGCUGAAGCUGACGAACACGAUGGCGCUGGGGGCGGCCUAUUUGGCGGCGGACACGUUUGAUUUGGAGCUGCCGAGGGAUUACUCGAAGAACUAUGAGGUGUUUUACGGGCAUCGAGCGGUGCUGAACGGGAAUGGAGCGAAUGGAAGUGCCAACGGAGGAUCGAACGGAACGGCCAAAACCAACGGAGCGACGAACGGGUCCAGCAAUGGAAGCUCGAACGGAACCAACGGCACGUCCACAAACGGAACCAAUGGAAAAUGAAUUAUCUGUUCGUUUUCUGCUCUCAUUUUGCUGGCAAAGCCACCUUCUCCUCCCAUAAUCAUACCAAGUGUGUACGCUGAGAACUGAGAUUUUUAUAUCUAUAGGCACCAAUUUUUAUUGUUAGAUGUUUUACUAAAAGGAAAAAACAAGCACAAAAAAAAAAUCACAAGUAUUGAUGUAAAAAUUUAUUCUAGAGGCAGUUUUCGUGCGAUCGCGUGUGUGUUUCGUGUCUGUUGCGUUGUAAAACUAUACAAACCGUAAAUGUAUUUACAGGAUGGUUAAAAAUAAAUUAAAUAAAUGUAAAUGUCUGUGAAAGUA